AUGCCCCCUCAGUGUUUCCUGGCUAUUAUUGUUUUGAGCAAUAUUGUGUCCUCCCUUCUGAUUGGCCGGGGCUUCAGGGCUGAAGCUACCCUGCUGUUGGCUCUCCACUUUAGUGGAGAUUUGGUUCUGGUUUCCGAGCUCCAGGCCCCUGACAUAUACCUGGACAUCUUAGCUAAUGGAUGUAGUGUAUUAGCCUGGUUCCUAUACUUAUGGCUGAAUCCCUUGGUGAGGCGAGGCAAACAUGGAGAGCUGGAGAGGACAUGCAACGUCUUCCAGCUGCCCCAUCGGCUAUGUACUAAAGCAGUCACUUUCCAGUUCCACCAGAGCUGGCAGAAAUGUCUGAAUCGAAGUGAUCUGGAGAGAUCAGAGAGACAGGACAGACUUUGGCCCAGCCAAAAAAGAUAUCUGAAUGUGGAAAACAACGAUGUCAGGCUUCUGCAAGUGUUGCAAAAGGCAUUUGUUUUACGCUACUACCUAUUAGGUGUGUUGAAGUUAGUGGCAAGUAUGCUAGCCUUCGAAGAACCCCUACUUCUCAGCGCAUUAGUGGGUAACAUGGAGACUGUGGGUGCACCACUGAGCCAGGGUGUGUGGUGUGCUGUCGGACUCUUUGCCAGUACCUUUCUAACAGCCCUCCUGAAGAACAUCUUUGUUUAUUAAGUUUCAAAGGUUGCACUGGAGACUCGGGCUGCUGUGAUAUCCAUCAUCUACAGCAAAUUUGUUAACGUCAGUGUGUCUGCUCUGGCACGCUUCAACAUGGGUGAGGUGGUCAAAUUCAUGAGCACAGACACAGGACAUCUGGUGAACUUCUUCAACAGCUUCCAUGAAGUUUGGAGUCUUCCCUUCAAGUUUGUUCUUGCACUUUACCUAAUUUACCUUCAAGUGAAUGUCGACUUUUUGGGCAGGGUGGUCGUGGCUCUGCUGCUUGUGCCUUUGAAUAAAAUCAUUGCAUUCAGAAUUCUUGAAAACAACAAAAAUAUUCUGGUUCACAAGGAUGCAAGAGUGAAGAUCCUGUUUGGAAUUUGCAUUUUAAAGUAUUAUAAUUGGGAGUAACACUUCUCUUAGAAGAUUGCUGAGGUCCGGAAACAAGAGCUACAUCAUCUGACAGUUCUGAUAUACCUGGAUGCUGUGUGUGUGUGUACACCUGGGCUCAUUUCUAUCCUCACCUUCAUCACAUAUGUCCUAUUGGGAAACAAUCUCACCGCUGCAAAGAUGUUUAGUACAUUGGCUCUUGUGGUGAGGCUUUUUCUAACCCUUAAUGCCUUACCCUGGGUGUGUAACAGGACACUGGAGGCUAAGGUGUCUUUGGACCGCAUUCAGCGCUUCCUCACACUUCAGUAUCCAGGACCAAUCCAGACUUAA